AUGGACCCUGCGACGUACGAUGAAGACGCGUAUCACUCCGAGCUUUUGCGCAAGAUGCGCAUGAGUGAAUCGAUCGUAUACCAGGCCAUCUUUGCUCCGGCAACCGUUACAGGCGGGGAGACAAUGCUGGUGGCUGCAACGAGCUCGGGGAUGAUCCACGUCUAUCGACUCAGUCCAGUCAUGACCCUGCAAUACUGGAAUCAAGUCAAGUGUGGCGAGUCGACAGCUUUUCCCGGACCAAGUCUUUCGUUCCAGGCACACCCAACGCAAAUUUAUUCCCUCUGCUUUGCCGGUGAUGCAACAAACCCAUUACUAAUCAGCGGAGGAGACCAAGACUUUCGGGUGUGGAGAUGGAAAGACAUCUUGUUGACCAUGGAAGAUCCUGCCAACGUCAAGAACCUCCUGGCGGUGCAUGUCGGAUACUUGAAACGUCAGUCGCUGGGGUUCAGAGGGACUUUGCUGCCCGCAAUGGAGGUCAAUGAUGUAGUCGUGAGCAAGAAUUCUGGACACUUAUUCUUGGCAGGUGGAGAUAGUGUGGCACACGAGUGGGAUGUAGUGACACAGCAAUUCACGCGGCUAUUUGAGGGCCACGAGGACUAUUUGCAUGCUGUGCGUGAUUUGCAUCACUCUCAGGAGCUCGCGACAAGCUCUGAAGACGGCACGCUUGGCAUUUGGGAUGUGCGUCAGGCCAGAAACGUCGAGUUCCUACGUCCAUGGCAAGCCACAACGUCGUCGAUGUCGAGCUCAUCACCAUCGCCGUCGCUGUGGAUUGGUGCUGUCGCUCACGAUGACUCCGAAAUGUGGCUAGCAUGUGGUGGUGGUACCAAGCAACCGACCGGUGGUCGAUCUCGUAAUGCGCAAGCAACUCGAGGCUUCUUGAGCAUGUGGCAUUUACCCUCUCGAGUGCCUGUGCACUAUACCACGACGACGUGCGAUGUGCAUGACGUUGUGUUUCACCAUAUGGACCUGCUUAGUGUGGGAAACGAUGCGAGCCUGAAGAAGUGGAACCGCAGCUCUGGCCAGCUGCUAUCGGCUGCAAGGUCGACGGUAUUGUCCAGCCACUUUUGUGCAGUCGACCGUGCCACGGAUAUCGUCGCAGUGGGUGGCGCUGCACCUCUCAUUGAUAUCUACACGAUGCCUGGCGUCGUGAGUUUCUCACUGGUCGUCGACAGUGAGUCGAGCGCUCGAGCAAGUUAG